AUGUCAAACAUGUCAAUGGAAAUGGAAAAUGGUGUUGACCUAACUGUAACUGAGUUCAUGAGUCCACAGAAGAGCAACAUGGAAGAAGUAACAUAUGAUGGAAUCAGUCAAGAAAAUGAAAAUGAGGAUGCAACAGAAGUUGAAAGCCCACAAGAUGAUGAAGAUGACAAUGUACCAGAUGUGAAAGGUCAACCAAGUUUCAAUGAAGACAUGCCUUGGAAGAAGCAGUUGCCAAUUCUAGGUAUGAGGUUUAUCAAUCCUACACAAUUGAAAUUCAUGCUUUGUAAUUAUGUUGUAGCCAAUGGGUUUCAAUUGUAUUAUAAAAAAUGA